UUUUCCUUUUCCCCUCCCUCAAGGGACUCUUCUAUCUAUAAAGGUGUUUGUCUAUUGAUACCUUUUUUUGCUUCAUUUUGAUCCUAUCAAACGUACACAAAAGGCUCCUAUUUACCCGUCGCUUCGUCGGCAAACCACUUUAAAACUCACAGUGAACCCCUUUCAUGCUUCUAAACGCUUCAGUUCUUGAAAAACACCUUAGUUCUCUUUUUGUCAGCGUACCCUUCCGGCUUCACUGCGACUACUGGUCCUGACAUCGUCAAUUCUUAUUAUAUUUAAACUACACAACCCACCUUUUAUUUAUUUAUUAAUUCAUACCUUAAAAUACAAUGGUCUUUGAUCAACUUCCUUUACCAUCUGCUCCACCUCCUAGCGGCACCAAUUACUCUGCAGAACACGGCUGUUUUGAAGGCCCAGAAAAAUUACUCGAGAUCUGGUUCUCUCCCCAAGAUAACUCCAGCCCUAUUGAUACCGACUCUGAUCUCUCAGAUGUCUCGAACCCAACAACUCCCAAAGACUCAUACUCUUUUGUGUUCCCAAAGGAUCUCCGUACUGUAGAGAAGCCCGUAUGGGACUCUAUGUUGGCUACUGUCAAGUGCACUGUCCUUAGUGUGGUUAGCAACGCAUACUCGGAUGCCUAUCUCCUAAGUGAGUCAUCCAUGUUUGUUUACUCUCAUAAGCUUGUCUUAAAGACAUGCGGUACAACCACUCUUCUCAAGGCCCUUCCCUAUAUUCUCGAAAUCGCUCGCACUCGAUGUGGCUACGAGUCUGUCUAUCGCCUUUUCUACUCCCGCAAAUCGUUCAUAUUCCCUGAGAAGCAACCUGGUCCCCAUCGUAGCUGGGAAGAAGAAGUCAACUAUCUAGAUGACCAUUUCGACAAUGGCGCUGCUUACGUGAUUGGUGAUACUAAUGAAGACGAGUGGUAUCUUUACCUAACUUCACCCAUCGAUAUUGCUCAUCAAGAAGAAGCAGCUAUCGACAUGGAUCAACUUAUGUCUGAAACAGAUGGUUUGUCCUGGAUGUCACCUAAGAAAUGCCCAUGGACAAAGGUGACCAGACCAAGUUUGGCUCUUGUGGACAGAUUCCAUGGCGUACAUCGUCCCGCAGGCGCUGAUCAGACUGUCGAGAUCUUGAUGACACGGUUAGACCGCAAUGCCAUGCGUGCCUUCUAUCACAGAAACAACGAACCAGCGGGUUUAGUAGGUGGUGUACGCGUCGACCGUGAGACUGGUCUCGACAAGAUUUAUCCUGAUGCCAAGGUGGAUUCAUUCCUGUUUGAGCCAUGCGGUUAUUCGGCUAACGGUCUGCUCGACAAGGGUUACUAUACCAUUCACGUUACUCCUGAACCCCAAUGCUCAUACGCCUCUUUUGAAACCACUAUCCCAGCCUCUGUUACUCAUCCUGUUGGUAACCUUGGCAAGCACAAUGGUCAAGAAGCUUCAGUGCGUCUACUGAUCCGCCAAGUUCUGGAUAUAUUCAAACCCGGGGCCUUUACUGUGACUUAUUUCUCCUCUGUAUCACAUGAAGAUGAUGAGAGUGAAAACAUAAGCAAGCUCAUGCGCACCGUAGGAAAAUUCGGUGGCUACAGGCGCAAAGACAGAAUCAUCCAUGCAUUUGAAGGAUAUGAUCUCGUCUUUGGUCAUUACAAAAAAAUUUAGAAACAACAUUAUUCUUCAUUCAAUCUUUGUCAUAAAAGAUCUCUCACACCCCUAUUAAUAAAAUCAACCUAUUUUCAUUCCCUGAU